AUUCUAACCCUCAAAACCUUUCCAUCAACGGAAUCACCGAUCUUCCUUCCCAUACAAAAAAAAAAUCAAUCUCCGGAAUCAUUCUCCGAUCGACUCGGUGGUUCGGUUUACGGUCGCCGGAACAUAACCGAUCCUAUUCCGUUUCGAAUCGGUGACCGGAGAUGGUGAAUUCCAUGGUUGAACGCGCCACGAGCGACAUGCUCAUCGGUCCCGAUUGGGCCAUGAAUAUCGAGAUCUGUGACAUGCUCAAUCAUGACCCUGGGCAAGCAAAGGACGUUGUCAAAGGUAUAAAGAAGCGGAUUGGAAGUAGACAUUCUAAAGCUCAACUCCUUGCAUUGACUUUGCUGGAGACAAUCAUAAAGAACUGUGGGGAUAUUGUUCACAUGCAUGUUGCAGAGAAAAAUGUGCUUCAUGAGAUGGUGAGAAUAGUAAAGAAAAAGCCUGAUUUUCAAGUCAAAGAGAAGAUAUUGGUUCUUAUAGAUACUUGGCAAGAAGCUUUUGGAGGACCAAGGGCAAGAUAUCCACAAUAUUAUGCUGCAUACCAGGAGCUGUUGCGUGCCGGGGCUGUAUUCCCUCAGAGAUCUGAACAGUCUGCACCUGUAUUCACUCCUCCACAAACCCAACCAUUGGCUUCAUACCCUCCAAACAUACGUGGCAUGGAUGGUCAGCCUGACACAGCUGAGACAUCUGCAGAAUCAGAAUUUCCGACACUAAGUUUGACCGAAAUACAGAAUGCACAUGGUAUAAUGGACGUUCUCGCGGAAAUGCUCAAUGCAAUAGACCCUAACAACAAAGAAGGGCUUAGACAGGAGGUUGUUGUUGAUUUGGUAGAGCAGUGUAGAACAUACAAGCAAAGAGUGGUCCACCUUGUAAACUCAACUACGGAUGAAUCAUUGCUAUGCCAGGGACUAGCUCUCAAUGAUGAUCUGCAGCGUGUACUUGCCAGGCAUGAAUCUUUUUUGUCAGGACUUUCUACUCAAAAUGGAAACCACUUGGAGAAUUCAAAACCUGCACCUGCUGGGCCACUUGUAGAUGUUGAUGCCCCAUUGGUUGAUACUGGAGAUAGUGGCAAACAAACUGAUGGGAGGUCUUCUUCUGGUGCUGAAGCAGGCUCGCAAACAUUGAAUCAGUUAAUGCUUCCCGCACCAGCUACAUCUAAUGGUUCUGCUGUACCUGCCAAAGUUGAUCCCAAGUGGGACCUUCUCAGUGGUGAUACCUAUGAUUCUCCAAAAGCAGAUACUUCACUUGCUCUUGUUCCUCUGGGAGAACAACAUGCUGCCAGUCCUGUGUCUGAUCAGAACGCCCUUGUUCUUUUUGAUAUGUUUUCUAACGGAGACAAUGCACCCACGCCUGUCAAUACCCAGCCAACCCAGCAAACUAAUGUUGCUGGCCAAUCUGGUCCAUUUACUCCUCAAUUUCAACAACAGCAGACUUUUAUAUCUCAAGGUGGAUUUUACCCUAAUGGAAGUGUGCCAAAUGCUGGUUCCCCUCAGUAUGAGCAAUCACCGCUCACACAAAGUACAGCUCCUGCCUGGAAUGGUCAGAUUCCCAAUGGAAGUGUGUCAAAUUCUGGUUCUCAUCAGUAUGAGCAAUCACUGCAUACACAAAGUACAGGUCCUGCCUGGAAUGGUCAGGUUGCAGAACAGCAACAGCCAGCUUCUCCUUAUGGUGCGCAAAAUAGUGGAUCAUUGCCGCCACCUCCAUGGGAAGCUCAACCAGCUGACAAUGGCAGUCAGCUAGCAGGCGCACAGUAUCCACAACCACCGCAAAUCAGUCAUAUGGCUACAACACAUGUACAAAGUGCUGCAAAUCAUCAAAUGCCUCAAGCAAUGGGUUAUGGCCAGGCUGGUGGUAUGUAUAUGCAGCCGAAUGUGAACAAUCAUUUGUCAGCAAACAAUAACCAUUUUGGAAACAAUCAAUUAGGCAUGCCCCCUCAGCACAUGCAAGGUGGUGCAGUGAACUACAUGGGGAUGGCUUCACAUCAAAUGCAAGGUGGUCCUGCAGUUUCCAUGUAUCCACAACAGAUGUAUGGAAACCAAUUUGUAGGUUAUGGCUACGGUCAACAACAACAACAACACGGAGUUCCUUACAUUGAGCAGCAAAUGCAUGGAAUGUCUGUAAGAGACGAUAGUUAUUUGCGAAACUCUAAUCAGGUGUCUACAUCUUAUGUUCCAUCAGGGAAGCCGUCCAAGCCAGAGGAUAAGUUAUUUGGGGACCUUGUGAACAUGGCAAAAGUGAAGCCAAAACCAUCUCCAGCUCGAGCUGGUAGCAUGUAAAACAUCUCUUGGUUUGCAUUUUAGCUGUUUGCUAACUUGUGAUGUUUUUGUUUUAUAUACAUAGUUUGUUACAUAUUGUUUGCUUGUCUGGGAAUUAGCAUUCAUGUAAAUUGAUUCUAGGGGAAACAUUGAAAAAUGGAAAACCGAGAAGGGUGGAGAAAGAUAGAAGGGUGGUGGAAGCAUUAAAAAAUGGAGGUCUUAUUUCCGUCUGCUCCUUUUUCUUUUGUUGAUUCAGUUGUCCUUUACUUCUAUUGAUAUUGAAAUAAAUGGAAAGACUGGCAUUGGAUAGAAUGACAAAGAUUUCCUAUUAGUUAA